AUGGCCUGUGGCACCACAGUGCUUCUUCCAGCGGGGCCUCCACUGAGCAGGGCUGGGCAGCAGAGGGCACAAUACCUGGGGCCUGACCUUUGGUCUGAAGGCACUGGGCAGGGCCCCAAAGCAGGUAGACAACACUGUGGGUUGCCUGGGUUUGGGGGGCAUCCUGACUCCAGCCACCUGGCUGUCUCUCUGCCAGCAGCAGGGUCCCCAGGCCGGGCCUGGACCCCCAAUACCUGCAGGGCCCCUGGUGAGGCCACGUGCAACUUUGUGUGUGACUGCCCGGGCUGUUCCGACGAGACCCAGUGCGGUUACCACGCAGCCUCACCUGCCUUGGGUGUCCCGUUCGCUUGCGACUUUGAGCAGGACUCCUGCGGCUGGCGGGACAUCAGCACCUCAGGCUACAGCUGGCUCCGGGACCGGGCAGGAGCCACGCUUGAGGCCCUGGGGCCACGCUCUGACCACACCCUUGGCACGGACCUUGGCUGGUACAUGGCUGUUGGCAUCCACCGUGGGAAAGAGGCUGCUGGUGCCACCCUGCGCUCUCCUGUCCUGUGGAAUGCGGCCCCUACCUGUGAGCUGAGACUCUGGUACCAUGUGGCCGCUGGAGCUGUGGCUGAACUGCGGCUAGAGCUGACCCACAGGGCCGAGACCUUGACCCUGUGGCAGAGCUCCGGGCCCUGGGGCACAGGCUGGCAGGAGCUGGUGGUGACCACUGGCCGCAUCCAGGAUGACUUCCGGGUGACCUUCUUUGCCACUCGAAAUGCCACCCACCGGGGCACCGUGGCCUUGGACGACCUGGUCUUCAGGGACUGUGGGCUGCCUGCCCCCCAGGCCCACUGCCCCCUGGGGCAUCACCACUGCCAGAACCUGGCCUGUGUGGCGCCCCACCAGCUGUGCGACGGGGAGGACAACUGUGGGGACGGCUCUGACGAGGACGCAUACUCCUGCCGCCACCACAUAGCCACCGAUUUUGAGAUGGGCCUGGGUCUGUGGAACCACUUGGAGGGCUGGGCGCGGAACCACAGCACAGGCGCCUGGCAUCCAGCCUGGCCACACAGGGACCACAGCCAGAACAGUGCACAGGGCUUCUUCCUGGUCUCCGUGGCCGAGCCCAGCAGCCCCGCCGUCCUCUCCAGCCCCAUAUUCCAAGCCUCGGGUGCACACAACUGCUCGCUCGUCUUCUAUUACUACCUGCACGGAUCCGAGCACGGCUCCCUCCAGCUCUUCUUGCAGAUGGAGAACCCAGGCUCACCCCAGGUCUCCAUCCUGCUGCGCCGGCGCUGCGGGGAGCUGGGGGCUGCCUGGGUCCGAGACCGGGUCGACGUCCAGAGCGAGCACCCCUUCCGGAUCCUGCUCACGGGGCACACGGGCCCAGGGGGCGUCCUGAGCCUGGAUGACCUCAUUCUGUCAGAACACUGCCAGCCAGUUCCAGAGCUGUCCAGCCCGCCUCAUGGGCUCUGGGCCCUGGCCCUCCAGCCCCAGCCAUCCAGCCUGCCACCUCAGGACUUCUGCGAGCCCGGACAUCUUUCCUGUGGGGAACUGUGCAUCCCCCCAGAGCAGCACUGUGACUUCCAGCAACAGUGUGAGGGGGGCGAGGAUGAGCAGGAAUGUGGGACCACGGACUUCGAGGCACCCGCCGCCGGGGGCUGGGAGGAUGCCAGCGUGGGGCGGCUGCAGUGGAGGCGUCUCCGGGCCCAGGAGAGCGGGGGCCCAGGCACAGAUGCUGGCGGAGUUGCAGCUGGGCACGUCCUGUCCUUGCAGAGGGCCUGGGGCCAGCUGGCGGCAGAGGCCCGGGUCCUCACACCUGCCCUGGGCCCCUCAGGCCCCCGCUGUGAGCUCCGUGUGGCUUACUAUUUCCAUGGUCACCCUCAAGGCUUCCUGGCCCUGGUGGUGGUGGAGGGCGACAGCCGUGAGCUGGUAUGGCAGGCCCCGAGCAGCGACAGGGGCUGGAAGGUGGAUACCAUCCUGCUGGGGGCACGCCGCCGGCCUUUCCGGCUGGAGUUGGUUGGGCUGGUGGACUUGGACGGCCCCGGCCAACAGGGUGCCGGAGUGGACAACGUGACCCUGAAGGACUGCAGCCCCGCGGCAGCCAUGCAGGACUCAGAGAUCUCCUGUAACUUUGAGCGGGACACAUGCGGCUGGCACACCGGCCACCUCACCGAUGCCCACUGGCGCCGAAUCCAGAGCCGUGGCCAUGGGUACGACCACACCACAGGCCAAGGCUACUUCUUGCUCCUGGACCCAACGGACCCCCCGGCUCGAGGCCCUGGCGCCCAUCUGCUCACCCAGCCCCAGGCCCCCUCAGGCCCUCAGGAGUGUCUCUCCUUCUGGUACCACCUCCAUGGGCCCCAGAUUGGGACACUGCGCCUGACAGUGAGACGGGAAGGAAAGGCAGAGGUACUGCUGUGGUCGCGGACCAGCACCCAGGGCAACCGCUGGCACAAGGCCUGGACUACCCUGCACCACCAGCUGGGCUCAGGCACCAAGUACCAACUGCUGUUCGAGGGCCUCCGGGACGGCUACCACGGCACCAUGGCACUGGAUGAUGUGGCCGUGCGGCCUGGGCCCUGCUGGGCCCCCAGGCAGUGCUCCUUUGAGGACUCAGCCUGUGGCUUUUCCAGUGGGGGCCAGGGCCUUUGGACACGCCAAGCCAAUGCCACGGGCCUCGCCUCCCGGGGCCCUCACACUGACCACACCACAGAGACCGCUCAGGGGCACUACAUGGUGGUGGACACGAGCCCCCAGGCCCUGCCCCGUGGCCAGGUGGCCUCCCUGACCUCAGAGGUGCACCAGCCUCUGGCCCAGCCAGCCUGCCUGACCUUCUGGUACCACCUGAGCCUCAGAAACCCAGGCACCCUGCAGGUCCAUGUGGAGGAAGCCCAAAGGUAUCAGGUGCUCAGCAUCAGCGCCCAUGGAGGCUUUGCCUGGCGCCUGGGAAGUGUGGAUGUGCAGGCCGAGAGGGCCUGGAGGGUGGUGUUUGAGGCGGUCGCCGCCGGCACGGAGCACUCCUACAUUGCGCUGGAUGACCUGCUCCUCCAGGAUGGGCCCUGCCCUCAGCCAGCUUCCUGUGACUUCGAGGCUGGCUUAUGUGGCUGGAGCCACAUGCCCUGGCCUGGCCUGGGAAGCUAUAGCUGGGACUGGAGUAGUGGAGCGACACCCUCCCGCUACCCCCAGCCCCCUGUGGACCACACGCUGGGCACAGAAGCAGGCCACUUUGUUCUCUUUGAAACGGGUGUGCUGGGUCCAGGAGGCCGGGCAGCCUGGCUGCGCAGCCAGCCCCUGCCUGCCACUGAGGCCUCCUGCCUCCGCUUCUGGUACCAUGUGGGCUUUCCGGAGCACUUCUAUAAGGGUGAGCUGAGGGUGCUCCUGAGCAGCGUGCGGGGCCAGUUGGCCGUGUGGGGCACCAGUGGGCACCUGCGGCAUCAGUGGCUGGAAGGCCAGGUGGAGGUGGCCAGUGCCGAGGAGUUCCAGAUCGUGUUUGAAGCCACUCUCAGCGGCCAGCCGGCCCUGGGGCCCAUCGCCCUGGAUGAUGUGGAAUACCUGGCAGAGCAGCACUGCUGGCUGCCUGCAACCACCCAGGGGGAUACAUUAUUGGCCGCCUCAGUGCCAACUGUGGUCAGCAGUGCCCUCCUCAUCCUUGUCCUCCUGGUGCUGCUCGGACUCGUGGGGCGGUGCUGGCUGCAGAAGAAGGGGGGCUGCCCCUCGCAGGGCGAGAUGGCAGCUGAGGCCUCAGGCUUCGACAACAUCGUCUUUAAUGCGGAUUGUGUUACCCUGCCGGCUUCGCUUACCAACAACCAGUAGAUGACUGAGAGAAGCCUGCUCCCACCGUCAGCCCUGCUCCGCAGAGUAACACCCGCCCCUCCCCCAGAAUGCACCCACACUGCUACCCACGAGCCUGGGAACGGUCCCCACCCCAACAAUAAAUGCCCUGGUCUAUGAGGGCAGCCCCCGCUUA